AUGAACGGAUACUCAAACUGCUCUGCUAACCACACUAAAAUCUGGAAUCAUUAUUUAGUACUUGCACUGGGCAUCCCUCAACUGACCAUCAACGUAGCAUCUGUGAUCUUCAACUGCACGGUCAUCUUCACCAGAAUGGCCAUGAAGGAUCUGCACAAGCCUAUCUCUAUACUCUUCUGCAAUUUGGCUUUUUCCGACCUCUUCACCAGCUUCUCUGGCUUUUGGAUUACAUUGCUCUUCAUCACCAAUCCUGACAUAACAAUCUUUGGGUCCAAGGAUAUGCUUGCACCAUACGCCUUAUAUACGUCAUCUAUUUUAUCCACCAUCUACAACCUGAUAAGCAUCGGAAUCGAACGUUACCUGGCUGUGGCUGAAAGCAUGAGGACACGAUUCAGGCUUGCUAGAAGCCAUUCCAUAGCUGUAGUUUUAAUUAACUGGGUUCUCGCUUUCUUUUUGGGCUGCUUGCCGUUGAUGGGGUGGAACUGCUUGCACACAGAAAAAAACAUCUCGGUCCUCUACAGCCCGUUUUGCGUCAACUACCUCAUCUUCAUCACCAUUCCCAAUGUUGUGGUGGCUUUUAUUAUACCUCUGUUCACUUACCUUAGAAUCAUCAUUAUCUUGAGGAAAAGAAAGCUGAGAAUGAAAGCAUGUGGGCAAGCUACGGGCACCUACAAAUCGGCUGAAAUCCAGGUUGCCAGAACUAGUACUUGUAUUUGGCUCCUGGCACUGAUCUCCUACGCUCCUUUUUUCGCUGGGGUCAUAUUCGACGCGACUAACCAGCAGUGCCACGUUGACCUCUACCCGGGCGUCUACAUCUUCCGAAACUGCACGGCGAUGCUGAUAACCAUGAACUGCUUAGGAAACCCCAUCAUAUACACCCUGAAAGCCAAAACUCUAGGGGCUAAACUCAAGGAUCUUAAACGUCUCACCACCAACCGCAUCCGAGCCUGCACCAUCGAGAACAUCUAG